AUCCAUGGAACCCAGUGAAAUGCCUGCUGACCACCACUGCCCCUCAGACCCUACCCCAGCGGGUGAGACCAGAGCCCCCCAGGGCACGGAGCUUAUCCCGAGAAGAGGAGUCAGUCGCUCUCCAACUUGCGCCCGCUGCCGCAACCACGGUGUCACUGCUCACCUCAAGGGCCACAAGCGCCUCUGCCUCUUUCAGGCUUGCGAGUGUCACAAAUGUGUCCUCAUCCUGGAGCGCCGAAGGGUCAUGGCUGCCCAGGUGGCCUUGCGUAGGCAGCAGGAGGCGCAGCUAAAGAGGCAUCUGGCUCAGGGACUGAUGAGGAGAGGGACGGAGCCUCCCAAAGCUCCCAGCCGUGUCAAGAAGGGAACCAGUCGACCGGAGGUCCCCUCUGGAAAGGAGAACAUAGCGCCCCAGCCUCGGACGCCCCAUGGAGUAGUCCCACUGGCACUGACACCCCCUGGGAAGAACUCCCGGGGGCCUCUGCUACUCAGCCGUCCCCCAGAAGCCUUGCCUUUGCCCUGGACUCCAGUGCCUCCGGGCCCAUGGGCCCCUGGACACUGGCUGCCUCCAGGCCUUUCCAUGCCACCCCCAGUGGUGUGCCACUUGCUGUGCCAAGAACCUGCUGUCCCUCUGCAUCCCUUCCCUGGCUUUGACCCUGGCACUUCCCUCCGGCUGCCCUCUCAUGGGCCCUUCACCCCCUGCCCAGGAUCUCGCCCGGCAUUGACAGCUCCUCUUUCUGGAGAGCCACAAGGGCCCUCUAGCCUACCCCACACGUGCUCAACUCUGAUACUCCAGUCCUGUGGCACCUCAGACCCUCUUCUGCUACAGCCACAGGUCCCCGGAGCCCCUCGCCUGGCCUGGACACCUGCCCCCUCAGAGAGGCAGCUGCAGCAGGAGGCAGCUGAGGCCCUCGUGGGCCUGAAAGAUUCAUCCCAGGCUCCCCGCCUGACCCCUUCUGUCCCCCCUAACCCUGCCUGGAUCUCCCUGCUUCACCCCUGUGGCCCACCAGCUCCUGUUGGAGGAAGAGGAUUCCAGCCUGCCGGCCCCUCUCUCCGACCCAGCCCAGCCCCUGCCGUCGCUCUGCAUAUUGGGCGUCUGGGAUCCAUCUCCCUCCUGAGCUAGAAGCCAGAGGUGGAAGCUGCCUGGCUGGGGCAGGGAGGUGAUAGCCUGCAGGCACUGUGUAUUUAAUGUUUUACUUACAGAUUUAUGCAUGGAAUUUAAUGUAGUACAAGCUUUAGGCUUUUUUUUAAAGCUUUCAGGUGCUUCAUUAGCUUUCAGUUCCUUUUGUAAUGCAGGCAUUUCCUUGGCUGAAGGUGGAUAUUCUCAAACCCCUUCUUGGGUCCUGGGACCUUAAGUCUCCAACAAAGAAAGUUGAGUAGUUUAAGCUGACCAGUAUCUAAAUAUGUUUUUCCUUGAGUUCAUGUUCCAGGGCUCCAUGAGGCUGUACACACCUAGGCACUCAUGUCUGUCUCUGUGCAUGUGAAAACAGGAGAGUAUUUCCAUCCUGUGUCUAGAUGUGUGUGAGUAAGCAAGAAAUAAACCUUUGUUGUUUUAAG